GUAUGGCCAAUUACAUGCAUUGAAAUUAGAAACCUGGCCACUAGUUCUAAGUUGUAAGCUUCCAGUCAAGCUCACUCUGACAUUGGCACUGACGUGCAGCAUGCAUCCUUCUAAAGCCUUAUUACUCACCUGUUUCUAAAAUUGUUUUCUCCAACUGUACGUUCUUCUAUUUUUACUAGGUAGAAAUCAUGGCAAAUGAGUUAAGAACUCCGCUAACUCAAACCACCACAGGUUCCAGUUUUAUAAAGGCAUGCUUCAAUGGAACGAAUGCUUUCCUUGGAAUCGGUCUUUUAACAGUGCCUUAUGCACUUGCAAGUGGAGGUUGGUUGAGUUUAUUUUUCUUUUUCUUGAUUGGUAUCAUGACCUUUUAUACUGGCAUUCUCCUGAAGAAGUGCAUGGAUGCUAAUCCUUCUAUCAAAAGUUACCUUGACAUAGCUGAGCAUGCAUUUGGAAAAAAAGGAAGAAUUCUAGUCAUGAUUAUCAUGAAUUCGGAGCUGUACCUCGUAGCAAUAGGGCUUCUGAUACUAGAAGGGGACAAUUUACACAAAUUAUUUCCAAAAUUCAUGGUCAAGCUUGGAACAAUUUUAGUAGAUGGAAGGCAGGCAUUUGUUGUAUUAACAGCUCUAGUUAUAUUGCCCUCAAUGCUGCUAACUGACUUGAGCAUACUAUCCUAUGUAUCUGCAACUGGGGUAUUUUCUUGCCUUCUCAUUUUUGGAUCAACUUUGUGUGUUGGAGCAAUUGGUGGUGUCGGGUUUAAUGCAAGAGGAAAAUUGUUGAACAUGAAUGGGAUUCCUACUGCAGUUAGUUUGUAUAUAGUGUGCUUUGCUGGCCAUCCGGUGAUCCCAUCUAUAUACACUUCAAUGCGAGACACACACCAGUUCAGUAAGGUGUUGCUGUUUAGUUUCGUCCUUACAACAAUUACCUAUGCCUCAACUGCCAUGGUCGGAUACCUCAUGUACGGUGAUGGUGUGGAAUCGCAGAUUACACUGAAUUUACCAACAAGAGAAGUUGCUGCAAAAGUUGCAAUAUACACCACUUUACUCAUCCCAGUUACCAGAUAUGCUUUGAUGGUAACCCCUGUUGCAACAGCUAUUGAAGGUGGGCUAUCAGAAAAUCUCAAAAAUUGGAGAGCAGUGAAGUUGUUUAUUAGGAUAGCAUUGCUGGUUAGCACAACUAUUGUGGCCUUUGUAUUUCCUUAUUUUGAGAACCUGAUGGCCAUUGUGGGAUCAAUAUUUGUGGUUUUAGCUUCAUUUGUUCUACCUUGCUUGUGCUACUUAAAAGCUUCUGGUUCCUAUCAGAGUUGGAGCUGCAAGCUAAUAUGCAUUGUUGGAAUUAUUGUAUUUGGAACCAUUGCGGGAGUUCUAGGAACUUAUUCCUCCAUAUCAGAACUUGUACAUGAUAUGUAGAUAAUCUACAUCAUAUUUUUCAUUGUUA